AUGCUCAACAUCCCGCGCCGGGUUCGGCGACGCCUGACGCCCGUGGCCGUGCUGCUGCUGCUCGUGCUCGGCGUCGGGUGGGUCGCGCAGCCGCCGGACUCGCGCGUGCGGCUGGCGCUGCGCUUCAACCUGGGCCGGCUGGCAGAGCGGGCGCGCGGCACCGACGCGCGGCAGCUGCGGGGGCCGGCGCGGCACCGCGUCGACCUGGGCUCCGACGUCGGCUUCCUCAUCAAGACGGGCUACGGCACGCGCCACCGCCUGCCGGAGCAGCUCGGCGCGCUGUCGCGCCGCGGCGUGCUGGGCCCCGAGGGGCGCGGCUUCCUCGUCGUCGUCGGCGACUGGACGGCGGCCAACGCGAGCGACGCCCGGGGGCUGGGCGUCGAGGUGCACGACGCCAUCAAGACGGUCAUGGAGAGCAAGAUUGGCGUCGAGUGGCACGAGCACCAGCGCUUCAACAAGUACAGGAGCAUGCAGGGGGCGGUGGCGGCGGGCGACGAGGAGCGGGCGCUUCUCCUCGGGCAGACGUACGGGUGGGAGCUCGACGCCUUAAAGUUCAUCAUGGGCAUGGAGCUCGCAUACCGGCGGCUGCCCCUCAAGAAGUGGUACGUGAUCCUCGACGACGACACCUACCUGGUCAAGCCGUCGCUGGAGCUGCUGCUGGGCCACCUGGACCCGAGGAAGCCGCAGUACAUUGGCAACGCCGUGGGCGACUACAAGGGCCGGUUCGCGCACGGGGGCUCGGCGGUGCUGCUGUCGGGCGAGGCCAUGCGGGUGCUCUUCACCCGGCCCGAGGUGGUCGCGCAGGCAUACAUCGAGUCGCUCGACGAGACGUGGGGGGACCGGCUGGUGGCGACGACGCUGCAUAAGGUGGGCAUCUACGUCGAGGAACGCUACAGCCACCACUUUAGCGGCGAGCCGCCCAAGCUGGCACGCAUCACCAGGGACCGCAUCUGCUCGCCCGUCGUCUCCUUCCACGGGCUGCGCAUGCCCGGGGACAUGGCGCGCGUGGGCGCAAGGCUGGCGGGCGUCAAGGAGCCCGUGCUCUGGGGCCAGCUGUGGGAGCUGUUUGGCGACCAGCCCAUGGAGAGGUACGGCAGGAAGCCCUACCCGGCGGGCGACCACGUGGGGCCGAGCGGCGAGGCGACGAGGCGCUGGGAGGGGGUCCGGGACGGGGACGACUGCAGGGCCCGGUGCGACACGGAGAGCUGGUGCCUCGCGUGGACGUUUGCGCGCGAGACGGGCGAGUGCCUCGGGAGCCCGUGGGUGGUGGUCGGGGACGGCGAGGGCGGCGGCGGCGACGAGGGGCCGAGGGUGUCAGGCAUCAGCUGGAAGCGCAUGGAGCCCUGGGCGCAUCAGUGUCGGCGGCCGUGA